GUGGAUGAACAGCAGCUGAAAAGGCAGCUAGAUGAGAUCACGGCCAUCAUUAAAGUCCGAGAGAAGUUGAACCUCAACUCCAGCGUUCCUGUGAGUAAUACAGUACACACCCACACACACCUCCUCAACACCAAGGUUUAUGUGAGUCACACAACCUUCUUAUAUCGUAGUGUUUGCAGUGUUCUGCUGUAACCCAAUGUACUUUAACACACGCGUGUGUGUGGUGUGUGGGUGUUGUGUGUGUGUGUGUGUGUGUGUGUGUGUGUGUGUGUGUGUGUGUGUGUGUGUGUGUGUGUGUGUGUGUGUGUGUGUGUGUGUGUGUGUGUGUGUGUGUGUGUGUGUGUGUGUGUGUGUGUGUGUGUGUGUGUGUGUGUGUGUUGUGUGUUAUGCAGGCGUCGGGGUCAUCAGGUGACUUCAUCUGUACAGUGUACCUGGAGGAGAAGAAGGAGACAGCAGAGCAGCAUGUCAAGGUGAACUCUCACCUCUGACCUUACCUAACCCUUAUGACCUCACCUUUAUCCCAAUAGGGAAAUGAAGAGAGUAAGAAGUGGUCCAGAAUCUCACUCCCUCCGCUGCUCUCCCCUCUAGAUCCCUGGUUCUAUGACGGCUGCAGAGCUGACCUGUGAGAUUCUGGACCGGCGGAAGAUCCAGGUCCGAGAGAAAGACUACUGGAGCUGCUGGGAG